AUGCAUCAUUAUGGUAGAAGUGGUGAUGGUCACUAUCAUCACACUCCAAAAACUCUUUAUCAUUAUUACAUGACUCUAAAAUUUCAUCAUCAUCAUUCACAUCACCAUUCUGAAUCUUUACACAAUCUCUUUCAAUCUCACUCGUAUUAUGAUUCACAUUUAAAAUCUUCAUUGGAUUAUUCUCGGAGAGUGAAAAUUCAAUCUCCUCAUGUACAUGCCAUCACUGGUAUGGAUUUAGAUCGAACAGAUCAAAAGAGAUUUUUAUUAUCCUGUGGAAAUGAUCGAAUCAUUGCCAUCUAUGAUUGUUUACCAUCGAUUGUGAAUGGAUUUGAAUAUUAUGAAAAUUUAAUAGAAGAAGAAUCAUUUCUUUUAAAAAAGGAUCGAAUGACCAAUAAUAGUACUACUCAACAACAUUAUCAUCAUCAUAUUCAUAAUAAUAAUAGUCAUAAUAAUAUUCAUAAUAAUAUUCAUCAUAAUACUAAUCAUAUUCAUAAUAAUACCAAAAAGACUACUACUACUGGUCCCAAAAAGAUUCAACCCAUCAUUAAACCCAUUCACACCUUUCGACCAUCCUCCACAUCACUCACUGGUGUCAUGUGGUAUCCCAAUGAUUGUGGAAUGUUCUUUUCAUGUGGUAAAGAUCAAAUGUUAAAUGUCUUUGAUACAAGUACCAUGACAUGUGUUUCAUCUUUUGAUUGUUUGAGUAGUAUUUAUUCGAUGGAUAUGUUCAAAAGUACUAGUAGUGGCACCACCACUCCUAGCACAUUGAUUGCAUGUGCAUUAGAAGAUCAUUCCAUUCGUAUUUGUGAUUUAAAUUCAGGUGCUAAUAUUCAACAAUUUAUUGGACAUUCAUCGAAGGUGAGAUGUGUGAAAUGGUCACCACAUUCAGAAUAUAUAUUUGCUAGUGCUAGUAAUGAUGGAACUAUUCGAUUAUGGGAUAUUCGAACCUCAGGAUGGUUAUUAUGUAUGGAUCAAUUUCAAAUAGCAAAUCAACAACGAUCGUUAGAAGGUUUAAAAAGAAAGGGUGGUUCUGGUAGUGGUGGUAGUAGUGUGGGUUCUGGUAGUGGUGUGAGUUUGAAUGUGGGUACGAGUGGUAGUGGUGGUAGUAAUAUGGGUGUGGAUAUGGAUAAAAGAAGCAUGGGUAGUACAAGUGGUGCAAGUAGUAGUAGUAAUACGAGUUCAAGUACUUUAAAUCGUACAACAUCUUCUUCUAAAAACAGCAGCACGAAAAAGAUGACAAAAUCUAAAAACAGUUAUACUAAAUUUGGUUCUACUAAAUUUUCACCAGCUAAAGCCUAUAAUUAUAUCAAUAUCAAAGUACCAUUGGCUCACAAUGAUCAUAUUAAUUCACUUUGCUUUUCCAAUGAUGGUGAAUAUUUAUUUAGCUCAUCCAAUGAUCAACGAAUGAUGAAAUGGGUGACACAAACAGGAAUGAAUACUCAAUUUAAUUGUAAAGUGUACAAUGACAUUUCGAGUUCACAAUCCUGUCAAUUGAUGUGUCAUGGUGGAAAGUAUUCAAAAUUGAUAUUUCAUGCAGCUGAGAGUUUUGUUGAAAUGUUUGAUCAAGAAAGUGGAGAAAAGAUUUUACCUCAUGUACGAGAAUCUUCUUCAUCCCAUUAUGGUAAAAUAUUGAGCAUGUGUUUUGAUGAGAAUCGACAAGUAUUAUACACAGCAGGAACUGAUUUUGCAAUUUCCAUAUGGGACACUAAUUAUGGAAUGUUUGCAAGUCCUGAAGAACAGGUCAUGUUCAAUGACAUGGAUGAUUGGAGUGAUUAG